AUGAAUACAACCGUAUCGGAAGAAGUUAUUCACUCACCACUAAUCAAUCAUGAUGAGGCAGCAUAUCUUACAACAACUCCAUUAAUGUCUUCAUUACCGAAACAGAACAAAUCAACUAUGUUAAAUAUACCAACAUGUUUAACAUGUAUAUCAUAUCCUCCUAUCACAUCUUCAUCUUCAUCUUGUUAUUCUUGUUAUUCUAUUUCAACAUCAAAUAAUAAUUUAAAAAAUACCACAAUUCAAUUAUCAAUAAAUAAUUCUAUUCCAUUUUCUUCUUAUUAUCAUCAUCAUCAUCACCACAAUCAAAAGCAAUUGAAUUCAUCAACUUUUAAUCAUAAUGAUAAUAAUAAUUUGAAUUGUAAAUAUCUAACCGAUACAGUUCAAUGUGAUCAAUAUGAUGAUGAUGAUCAAUAUUCAAUCAAUGAACAAUAUAAAAAAUUAUGGAAACAAUCCAAUGAAACAAUGAAUCCUAAUAAUAAUGAUAAUAAUAAUCAUAAUAAUAAUCAGUUGAAUAAUUUACAAGCAUGGUUAAAAUAUCCUUUUGAAGAAUAUGAUUUAAAAUGUAGUAGUAAUUCAUCAUUUUUAGGAACUACAAUCAAAUCAUCGAAAGAAGAGUUUACUACAAAUUCCGAAUCAAUAUUCAAAAUCCCUACAACAAAAACAACACCAACAAUCGGAACAACGAAUGAUAUCAUAUUCAAUCCAAUAGAGUCAUCAUUUUCAUCAUCAUUAUCUCCUAGUACUGCUGAAUGUAUGAAUAUGAAAUCUGUCAAUAAUAAUAAUGAUAAUAAUAAUAAUAACAGUACGGAACACCUUAAUGGUUAUGAAUUUCAACAAUAUCAACAUAAUCAUCAACAGAAUUCAUUAUUCAAUCAACCACAAAACUCACAUAAAUUUACCAGAAAUUCUUUUGACUACUUAAAUACAAAAAUAAGUAGUCAAACAAUUCAUACGGAAGAAAAUAAAAAACAAUCGAAUAAAACUGAAUUCUAUAAACAUUCUAUGAAAUAUCAUGGACAUAUUAAAAAACCAUUAAAUGCAUUUAUGUUAUUUAUGAAAGAAAUGCGUUCACAAGUAAUUGCUGAAUGUACAUUGAAAGAAUCAGCUGCAAUUAAUCAAAUUUUAGGUAGAAAAUGGCAUGCAUUAUCAAGUGAAGCACAAGCAAAAUAUUAUAAAUUAGCUAAACAAGAAAAAGAAUUACAUCAACGUUUAUAUCCUGGUUGGUCAGCUAGAGAUAAUUAUGCUACACAAGUGAAACGUCGUAGUCGUGCAACUAAAAUAAAUCGUACUACAGUUACAACAACAAUUUCAUCAUCAACAACAACAACAGCAGCUACACCGACAUUGAAAUUAAUCACAGAUUCCACUGUUAUCGGUAAUAAUAAUAAUAAUAAUAAUAAUAAUAAUAAUAGCUAUGAAACAAUUUACCAUCCACGUAAAAUCUAUUCAUCAUUUCCUAAUUCUGACAUUUGGCAUAUAAAUAAUCAUGAGAAUGAUAGUUUAAAUAUUAGUCAUAAUUGUACUACUACUAAUAAUCAUAUUAGUAGUAAUAAUUUUAUGCAACAAUUUUCAAAUUCUAAUUUAUUACAAACAUUGAAUUCAACCAAUCUACCACAUACAUAUACUACUCCUUUCUACAGAAAUGAUACUACUCAUUUAACACAAGAAAAAGCAACCAAUAUUACAUUGACUGAUUAUGAUCGAUUAUAUAAUGUCAAUCAAUUCAUUACAACAACAUGUUCACCAAUGAUGCAUGAUUAUAAUCAUUUCACAUUGAAUAUGAUGAAUAAUAGUUCAAUGGAAUUGAACAAUAUUCAAUCUUCCAAUGCAGAUCAAUAUUCUCAUUUACAGUCGCUAAAUAAAUCAAUAAAGACUGAUUAUGUUGUCCAGUCAAUAAUGGAUUUAAAUUAUGAACCUGCAAUUCAUUCAAAUGACAAUUCAAUGGAUCAAAAUGUAUCAUUGAAAUAUUUAAACAAAUCUGAUAAAAUACCGAUUAUUUCAUUAAAUAACUGCUCUACAAUAGAUCCAUUUAACAUUGAACAACAUUUAACUUAUUCAACAGAAACAGAGAAUUAUUCCAUGGAAAAUCCUACUAAUGCAACAUUCAUUCAAUUAUCAUCGAAUAAUAGUAAUAAUAAUAAUAGUGACAAUAAUCAAGAAAUCAAUGAAUAUCCUUGUUGUUCAACUUCUUAUAUAAAAUUUCAUUCAAAAAAUGAUUAUUUUUCAUCAAAAUUUUAUCAUGAUUCAUUACAAUAUUACAACAACAACAACAACAACAGAAAAUUGAAUGAUUUAACCGAGUUCGAUGCAUUCAAUGAAGCAUCACAGAAUAAUGUUUACUUGACCAGCACAAAUUAUUUACAAUGUCAUCAUCAUCAUCAUCAAAAUAAAGAAGAAUUAUCACGACACUAUGAUAUGAAUACUGAAAAAAUUCCAGAAUUUCUACAUGAAUAUAAUACAAUGUCAUGUUUAAUUUCUUCUAAUCAAUUAAAUAAUAAUAAUGAUGAGAAUGAGAAUGAUGAUAUUACAUUAUUGACUUCAAAUGAAUCAUUAUUAAUAUUAGAUAAGGAGUGA